UGCGCCGCGGCUGUCCGCGCUUGGGCCCGGCCGCUACUGCAGGCUCCAAACGCAGACCUAGAGCUUGAGGACGCAGGUGUCCAGUUUCCUUUGACCUUGAAGACCCGGGAAGGUUAUACGCGCCAUGGCUAUGACGGGUGUCAGAUUCCCUGCCAGAGUUCUGAGAAAGCCAGAUGCCUGGAUUGGACUGUGGGGCGCGCUGCAAGGGACACCUUCAUCGAAACUCUGUGCUUCCUGGAAUCGAUACUUCUAUUUUUCUAGUACCCAGUUAAACACAUCAAAUUGUAAAAUGUUCUUCCAUAACAUUUUCUCGCUGAGACUCCCAGGCCUUGUAGUAUCUCCAGAAUGUAUUUUCCCCUUUUCCAUAAGACUUAAGAGUAAUAUAAGCUCUAAGAAGUCCACCAAGAAGACUCUGCAGAAGGCCGAGGAUGACGAGGACUCUGAGGAAGAGAGUGACCGUGAGAUGAGUGAGCAAGAAGAGGGGCUCGAAGAAGACCCCAGUGUGGUCAAAGACUACAAAGACCUGGAGAAAGUGGUGCAGUCUUUUCGGUACGAUGUCAUCCUAAAGACAGGCCUAGAUGUCGGGAGAAACAAAGUGGAAGAUGCAUUCUACAAAGGUGAGCUCAGGCUGAAUGGGGAGAAAUUGUGGAAGAAAAGCAGAACGGUGAAAGUGGGAGAUACAUUGGAUCUUCUGAUUGGAGAGGAUAAAGAAGCAGAAACAGAGACAGUAAUGAGGGUUCUCCUGAAAAAAGUGUUGGAGGAGAAAACAGAAAGUGAAAAGUACAGAGUGGUGUUACGCCGGUGGAAAAAGUUAAAGUUGCCUAAAAAGAGUAUGUCUAAAUAAAUGGAUUGCUUUAUAUUAAUAAAACUGCUUUCUAGUGAUGGAGGGAAGGGCCAGCUUCAAAAGAGGACAUUUUUAUUAAAAUAAAGUCACCUCACCUUUA